AUGACGAGUUCAUCGUCUCCUCGUUUUACCGGUUUUAUUCGUGAUGUACGAUCAUCAAAACAAAAUAUACAACAGACACCGUCACAGCCAUCCAAUACUAAUAUAUCAACAAGUGCUGGUGAACAACAACAACAAUACACAACAACAGCAACAACAUCAAGCACUCGCUCAAGAACUGAUUCAUCAGCUACAUCCUCUAUAGAUCCUUUUCAUUAUCAAGCAUUACAAGAUACGAAUGAAGCGCUAAAAAGUGAAGUACAUCGUUUGGCACGCGCCGAUGAAGAUAAUAACACAAAACUCAAAUUACAGCUUCAACAAUAUGCUGAGCUUCAAGAGGCAUAUAAACAUCUUCAAAAUGAGUACAGACAUCUAACAGAUGUUGAAGAACGUUUUAAUGAAUUACAAACAAUAUAUAAAAAUGACAAGUCAUCUUCUGAAUAUUGUAUACGUGAAAAUGAACAAUUAAAAAGUCAAAAUGAACAUUUACUUAAUGAAUUAACACGUUUAACACAACUUGAAACACGAGAUCGUACACGUUUAGUUGAACAAGCGGAUUUACGUCGUCAAUUUGAUGAAUCAUUAAAUCAAUAUAAUGAAAUAAAACAAAAUUAUACUGAAUUAAAAGAAAAAUAUCUACAAAAUCAACUUAGUUAUGAAAAUGAUAUAAAACAUCUGAAUGAUGAAAAUAUAAAAUUUCGUUUAGAUAAUGAACAAUUACGUACAGCUAAUGAAUUAUUACAUGAAGAAAAAGAUCAAAUGAAAGAAACUCAUGAAACUAUACUUAAAAAACGUUUAGAUGAAAUAAAAUAUCUUCAAAUAGAAAAUCGUGAUUUACAAUCAUUAAAACAAAAAUAUAAUGAAGAACGAGAAACAUUUCAAGCAAUUGAUUUAAGAAAAACACAACUAGAAAAUGAUCUUUUAACAAUGCAAGCUGUACAAGAUCGUUGUCAAGAUUUACAGACAACUGUUGAGCGAUUACAAGCGGAAAUUCAACUCAGCCAGAAAAAAUCCGACGAUCAUGGAAUGGCACUAGCAAAUCUGAACAAAGAAAAUUCUCGGCUUAUCAAAGAACUUGAGAGUGCCUCAAUGCUAAACACGCAAAUGCGCACAGAAAUUAGCAAUGCAACAAAUACUAAUGAACGGUUAAAUGAAGAAUGUGAUCGAUUUCGUUCAAAUAUUUCAACAAAAUCUAAUGAAUGUGAUAUAAAACAACAUGAAAAUGAACAAUUAAUAACUAAAGUGCAUGAAUUAGAAUCAUUAAUUAAAUCUUUACAUGAUACACAUGAUUUACAAAAAACGUUAACUGUUGAACAUGAAGUUAAUAAAUUAGAAUUAAAACGAAAACAAGAUGAUUUCGAACAAUUUCAAAGAAUGCAUGAUAUAACAAAACGAGAACAUCAAGAUACAAUUCAUUUACUUGAAGAUAAAAUUCAUGAUCUUGAGCGUAAAACUGAAUUGCAAUCAUUGAAACAUGAAGAAAUUCUUCUAGAAUUUGAAUCAUUAAAAGCACGACGUGAUAGAAUAUUGCCACAAUCAAGUGGAGUAAUGCUUUCAAAUAAUUCUUCUAGCCCAUUACCAUCACCGCAUCAUUGGCCUAUGCCAAUGAUGGUUGAUUCUCAAACGUCACCAACGGAUGACACUAUUUCUUCAAUACCAUUAUUGCAAGCGCCACAACUACCAACACUACCACCUCCAUCCAUUCAACAACGACCAUUAGUUAAAUCAACGGGUAGUCAAUCAAUACAUCAAACUGAAAAUCAAGAAAUAAAAACUAAAUCCUAUCCAAAUAAUCAAACAGCUCUAAUAGUUAUAGCAAAAUAUUCUUAUGAACCAUUACAAUUUUCUCCAAAUGAUCAUCCAGAAGUUGAAUUACCAUUAAAUAUUGGAGACUAUUAUCUUAUUUAUGGUGAAGUUGAUGAAGAUGGAUUUUUUGAUGGAAGAAAUUUAGAAGGACGAUAUGGUUUAAUACCAUCAAAUUUUAUUGAACCAGUAACAAAUCCACAUGAAUUACCCGAAACAGUUCGACAUAUAAUUCAACGAUUAACUGGAAAAAUACUUACUGAUGAAACAAAUUCACCUCGUCGUGAUCAACCAUUAAAUAAAGAUUCUGAUAUGUUUAAUUCCAAUACAUCGAUUAAUGUGUCAGCUGCAUAUCGAAAACAAUUAACACCUACAUUAAAUGCAACGUCAUUAGAUAGUUCAACUAUGAAUGGUCUUUCUUUUGGUAAACAUGUUCCUUGUCCUACAAAUCUUCGUGUUGAAAAAUAUUUAACUAAUAGUGUUUUAAUUGCAUGGAAUCCUCCAUCAUCACCAAUACAAAUUCUUGGUUAUCAAGUAUUACUUGAUCAUUCAUUGCAUACAACAGUACGUGUUAAUGAACGUACACGAGCAUUAAUUGAAAAUAUAAAUUUAAAUGAAAAACUUCAUCGUAUAAGUAUACGUACAAUAACUCAACGUGGUUUAUCUCGUGAUCAAGAAUGUACAUUAUUAUUAACAAUGUCGGGUGCAAAUGGAAAUUCAAAUGAUUUAUCCUAUGCUCCAAGUGAUUUACGUAUUGAUCGUAUAAAUCAAACAUCAGCAGUUGUUUCUUGGUGGCCAGCAUCUAAUGAUAUUGUUCAUAAAUUAUUUGUUAAUGAUAUUGAUGUUCAAACACUUAAAGCUGGUGUUUAUCGAUUUAAAUUAUCUGGUUUAAUACCAAAUACAGUACAUAAAGUAACAAUUAAAGCUAAACCAACAAAUGUAACCAAUGCUCAACAACAAUUAGCAGCUUCAAUUGAAUUUCGUACAACAUCAUUUGAUGAAUCAAUUGAACCACCAAAACGUGUACAAGUUAUUGCUGGGCCACAAGCAAAUACUUUACUUAUAUCUUGGGAACAACCAUCGUCAACAACAACAACAGCUCGUGGAUAUCGAGUUCUUGUUGAUGGACGACAAUUACAUGAUAUAACAAAUCCAUUAAAUGAUCAUACUGUCAUCAAUAUGAAUACAUUACAUCACGGAAGAUUUCUAACAGUACGAACAUUAACAGAAAAUGAUGGUGAAUCACAUGAUUCAACUCCAAUUGAUCUUGAUGAAAUAUUAAAAAAAUUGGAUAUGGAUAUUCCACCGACGAUAGUACCAAUUGUUCCAGAAGAACCAUUUGAAAAAGAAACUAUACCACUUACUGCAUCAUCUUCAAUAACAUUAAGAACAACAUCAGAUGAUGAUAUGACGAAUUCUGAACAACUACAACCACAACAACCAUUACUUCCACCUUCUCUUCCACCACCACCGCCACCACAACCAAUUAUCGAAACACAAUCUAAGGUAUCACGUCCACAAGAAGCAACGCCGCCACCACAAUCAACAACAACAACAACAACAACAACGAAUAUUCAACCAGUACGACAACCUUCCACAAUCAUUUCUCAACCAACAACAACAACUAAUACUCCAUCACCACCAAUAAAAGCUUCAACACCAUAUCCCGAUAAAAUGCGUCCAAUAUCAAAGUCAUCUACUAGACCAAGUGGUGUAACACCAAUACAAUCACCAUCGAGAUCUUCAUCAAUGAAUACUGAUGUACCACAAAUUGAAAUUAAUUCUCCAAGUCCCAAUAGUCCUGUAGUUACAUCGAAUAUUAAAUCAAAAAAUGGUAAUCGUGAUCAACAUGAACAACCAUCACAACGUUUCGGUUAUGAUGCAUAUAUAAAACAACAAGAUGAAACUUCAACACAUAUCAAAUCACCUAAUACACAAAGAAAACCUUCAAAAACAUCCACAACUAUAUCACCAAUUAGAACACGUGAGCAUUCAGAUGGAAGACGAUCAUCAGCUACACCCAUCAAUGGUAAUCCACAUAUAAAUAAAGCAAAAAUAUCAUCACCACGACAUACAUCAACAUCAUCUGAAGAACAACAUAUGACUCCAACACCAAUGAAACCUGUUAAAAUAAAAGAACAAACAACAUCAAUACCACAAACAACACAACCGCCUCCAAUAAUGAAUAGUCAUUUAAUUAAAGCAAAUCAUGCACCACCACGUUUAUUUAUUGCUUUAUUUGAUUAUGAUCCAAAUGCUAUGUCACCUAAUAAAGAUAAUGAUGAAGAAUUACCAUUUAAAGAAGGACAAUUAAUUAGAAUUUAUGGUGAUCAAGAUGCUGAUGGUUUUUAUGUAGGUCAAACAGAAAAUGGUCGUUCUGGUUUUGUACCAAGUAAUAUGGUUUCGGAAAUACAACUUGAUGAUGCAGAAAUUGAAGCACAUUUACUUGCUGGUACUAUUAAUUUAGAAAAUUCCAAUCGUAUAAUAGGAACGUCAGCAACAGCAGCAGCAGCACCACCAUUAACAGCAGCAGCAGCGCCAGUACCAGCAUCAAAACGAAUAUCACCUGGAGCAAAUCCAUCUAAUGUUAAACCUUCUACACAAUCUAUUAAAAAAAUGAUUGCCAUGUUUGAUUAUAAUCCAACUGAAACUUCUCCAAAUGCAAAUCCAGAUGAAGAAUUAUCAUUUCGUUCGGGUGAUACUAUUUAUGUCCAUGGUACCGUUCACGAUGAUGGAUUUUAUCUUGGAGAAUUACCGAAUGGAACAAAAGGUCUUGUUCCAUCGAAUUUCCUUAAAGAAGUAUCAUCAACAACUAUUGAUGAUAAUUCUAUUCAACAUGAUAACGAACAAAUCAUUCCUAAUGAAACGAAGAAAACAUCUUAUCGUCGUGGUCCACAUCAAGUGUAA